AACCCGUUCAUUUUCACCUCAUCGUCACUUUCUCGAGAAAAAGGGUCAGAAAAUCACAGCGACGCUGAGAAAAUUCCAAACACUGAAAACGAAGACUGUGUGCGAUUCGUAUCCUUUGAAGCAUUAACAAUGGUAGCGAUCAAGGGCGUCAAGGCUCGCCAGAUCUUCGAUAGCCGUGGAAAUCCCACCGUUGAAGUUGAUGUUAUUCUUAGCGAUGGAACUCUCGCCAGAGCUGCUGUGCCUAGCGGUGCUUCAACAGAAGAUAUGAAUUUCACGAACGCCGAGCUCCUGAAGGCCCGCGAGAGGAGAAUGGCUCGCUUUUCCCCAAAAUUCAACACUGAGGGCGACGCGAAAAAACGGGGCGGUGCUGAGAACCAAGCCGAGAGCACCAAAGCUCCCAAGAGGAGAAGAUUGACCAAAGCCUCCUCCAACGCCGGCACAUCCAACCCUGGCGCUCAGCCCACCACUGCUGCUGCGCCUAAAGGCAAAAAUGUCGCUGAAGUCUCUGUCGCCGCAGCUACCGAGCCAACCGCCGUACCGGCUUCUUCUCCUGCCUCCGCCGGUGCGACCGCUGCUUCUGCCGCUGAGUCCUCUAUUGGCGCCACAGUCGCCUCCGCCGGCGUUAACGCCACAAAAGCUGCUGCAUCUUCCGACACUCCUAUUGGAGAUAAGGAAAAAGAAAAUGAAACCCCAAAGUCUCCUCCUCGCCAAGAUGCGCCUCCUAGCCCGCCCUCAACACAUGAUGCGGGCUCCAUGCCUUCCCCGCCUCAUCAAGGGGAAAAAUCCUGUCCCGCCGCUGCCACUACCUCUGAAGCAGCUCAAAUUGAACAAGCCCCUGCUCCUGAGGUCGGUUCUUCAAGCUACUAUAAUAUGCUCCCCAACGCCAUUGAACCCUCAGAAUUCUUACUUGCUGGUCUCAAUCGUGACGUUAUAGAAAAAGAAGUUUUGAGUCAGGGCCUGAAUGUCACCAAGGAGGAGACUCUUGCUUGCCUCCUACGCGCUGGGUGCAUCUUUGCUCACACGUUUGAGAAGUUCAAUGCCGCCAACGUUGAAGCUGAGCGGUUGAAGGCCGAAAGUGCUAAGCAUCAAGAAGCCGCCGCUGCUUGGGAAAAACGUUUCGACAAACUGGCGACGCAGGCAGGAAAAGACAAAGUCUAUGCCGACAAGAUGAUUGGCACGGCGGGGAUUAAAAUCGGCGAGCUGGAGGAUCAGCUGGCGCUGAUGAAGGAAGAAGCAGAUGAGCUUGAUGCAAGCCUUCAAGCUUGCAAGAAGGAAAAAGAGCAAGCUGAGAAGGACUUGAUCGCCCGAGGCGAGGCGCUGAUUGCUAAGGAGUCAGAGCUUGCCAUACUGUGCGCUGAGCUGGAGUUAGUGAAAAAGGCGUUGGCAGAGCAAGAGAAAAAGUCUGCGGAGUCCUUGGCCUUGGCGAAAUCUGACAUGGAGGCGGUGAUGCAGGCUACGUCCGAGGAGAUCAAGAAAGCGACCGAAACUCAUGCCGAGGCCCUCGCCACGAAAGAUGCUGAAAUUGCUUCCCAACUAGCAAAGAUCAAAAGUCUAGAGGACGAGCUGGCGACGGAGAAGGCCAGAGCCAUUGAGGCGAGGGAACAAGCCGCUGACAUUGCCCUUGACAACCGCGAGCGCGGUUUCUACCUCGCCAAAGACCAGGCCCAACAUUUGUACCCGAACUUUGACUUUAGCGCCAUGGGAGUAAUGAAAGAGAUAACCGCCGCAGGACUGGUUGGUCCCGACGAUCCUCCCCUGAUUGACCAAAACCUCUGGACAGCGACUGAAGAAGAAGAGGAAGAAGAAGAACAGGAGAAAGAAAAUAAUGAAUAAUGUAAUUUUUAACAUUACUUUUAUCUUUUACUGUCACCUUGUAGUGUAUUUUUCCGCCAUUCGUCUAUGUUUAAGCAACCUUUCGCCAUAGCUUUCUAUAUCGCCGUUGGAUAUGUUGUAAGUCAUAAUGGAAUGCUUUCGCCGUA